AUGGUGAGAUUAUUAGCAGAAGGCGGUUCAAGGCCAACAAAACAUUCAAAACAAUUAAGUAUUACUACACAUUAUCAAUAUAUUGUACCUAUUUCUGAUUCUCGAGCUACUAAACUUGAUCAAGCAAUUCUUAAAGCAUGGAUAUGCUGUGGAUUUGCUUUUUGUACAAUAGAAAAUCCCUUUAUCAUCGAUCUUUUUAAAAUUGCUAUUCCGAGAUACACAUUACCAUCAC